UCUUCUUCAUUGUUACAGAUGUUGAAAUACAGUUUUAAAAAUAAUAUCAUAAUGAUAUUAACAUUUCUGGCAGUUCGUGCAAAUUGUGUACCUAAAUAUGACGACAGAGGUUUUAUACCAAGUUCUAUAGCUUACAUGGAAAAAGCUGGAAAGGCACAGGAUCAAAUAGCUAUGCCAUCACAAGCUGAAGUUCGAACUGAUGCAUCAACGAAACGUGGAGAUACUACGAUUAAUGAUAUCUCUGAUCGUAAUCAAGAAGCUAGAUUUGGUUUCACCAAUAUCGGCAGUUCUGGUUCUGGUUAUGCAGUAUCACCUUAUGCACCAGCAAAAAUUGACUUGGGUGGACUUUUGUUAGGUGCUAUCAUUGGAGUUGGUUCCAUUCUUAUCAUUCCAAAAUUAUUAUACGUUCUGUCAGGUACCUACGGAAAUUAUGCGAGAAGCGAAGAAAAUGGUUUUGCACAAUCCAUGACUAAAUUGGACGACGCAUUGGCUCGUCAUGGUAUAGAUACAACUUCUUGUAUGCAACGUGCAGUUUGUACAUAUUCUCAGCAAGCGGCUGCAGCUGUAAAAGUAGCUGACGAAGAUAAUGAAGAUGACAAAAUAUCAUCUUUUGAUAAAAUGAUCGAUGCGAUAACUACCAAUCAAGUAUUUCGAACAGCAAUGCAGGGUACAGCUAUACAAGAAGCUGUAGAAGCUGGUCGUUCUGGUAAAAAUUGUUCAUAUUCUUAUCCCCAUUGUGGUUUUUCUUUGGAAACAAUGUUAUCACUUUUAUCAAAUGUUAUUACUGCUGUCUCUUCUUCAACUAAUUUACGAAAUGCAUCAUCAACAACAUCUUCAUCUUUAUAAUUAUAAACUCAUAUUAUUAUUAAUUAGUUUAAAUAAAUGUAAUUAUCUUCAUCAUUUGUUACACACACUUAUUUCUAUUUGCAACAUUGAAGAAGAAAAAAGAAAAAA